UUUCCGUGAUUCUCUUUCUACCACCCUUCAUCGAUCGUCAAAGGCGAGAAGGAGAAAUCGAAAGCUCGUGCUUUCCACCUAACUCUUGAAGAUUUGGUGUUUCUGGUUCCUGUGGUCUGUAACAGCUGAUAACUGGAUUCUCGUCAGUAUGUCCGCACCGAUUGUUGUGGUCUUCGUUCAAGCUCACGGUAUUCCAGGGUUGAUGGGUUAGGGUUUGGAUCGAAUUCCUAAAGGUUGCUUUGUUCGUGUAUAUGUUGAAGGAAUUGCAGGAAUUAUCUUUCUAGUUAGUAAUCUAAGGAUAGAUGUGUCAGGAGUUAUGAGAUUUUCUUCUGCGUAUUGUUAUGACCACCGCGUUUUUUGUAAUAAAGGGUUUCAAGCAAUUUUGUUUUGCAUAGGAGGAAAAAGAUGCCGUCUUCUUAUUUUACAAGAUUGAGAAGUGCAGUGCAGAAUGGAAUUCAUAGGACUGUGAAUGGUCAAGAGUUUGGGCUUCUAGAUUCACUGGAUGGGUUAAUUGGACAAGGGAAGUUCGGGUUUGGCAAUUAUAGGUUAUUUCAUUCUUUGCAGUUCUCUGCUCUUGUAGACCUUCAAGUACUUUUGCAGCCAGGGACUGUUUUUGCUGCUAGAUCAGAUUCACUGUUGGGUAACCGAAGAAGGAACCUUUCUGUUGUUGAAGCGCUUUCAAGAACUUUUUCAGUUCCAUCUGUGUCAGGCCCUGCAUUCCAGGUUUGUGGCUAUCACAUUGAUCGUGCCCUUUCAGACCCCAUUCAAAUUCCCAUCAGCAAGUUUCAUAGUAUACAUAUGGCUGCUUCUGGUUCUAGAGCUCCAGUUGGUGCAUAUCAUCUAGAUACUUUAACUUCAAGGCAUGGGAAUCGUUCAUUGUCAACUAGUGCUGGCAUUUUUUAUAGUGACAGAAGUCUUUCCAGCUGUAGAAAAGUUAGCAUGAGUUUGAAGCAAAAUACAGAGAAACCAAACAGGUCUCAAAUUUAUGGAUACCUCAUAUUUAGUGCUGGAAAGAGAUGCUACAACUUUGAUCAUUACUUUCUGUCAGGACCAAGGGAUUUCCAUAGCUCGUCUCCUAGCUGCUUGUCUGCUGGGACUGCUCCAGAUGUGUCAUUUGAUAAUUCUUCCCGUGAGGAUCAGCUUGCAAGUUCUGCAGUGUUAUCAGAAGAGAAAGGUUCCACUGGAAAAAGUCUGAAGCUACUUUCUGGAUCAUGCUAUCUGCCUCAUCCUGACAAAGAAGAUACUGGUGGGGAAGAUGCUCACUUUAUUUGUUCAAAUGAACAAGCAAUAGGUGUGGCAGAUGGAGUUGGGGGGUGGGCAGAUCUUGGUGUCAAUGCCGGACUGUAUUCCCGGGAACUCAUGUCUAAUUCAGCAACAGCAAUUCGUGAUGAACCUAAAGGUUCAAUUGACCCAGCAAGGGUCCUGAAGAAAGCUCACUCUAAUACAAGAGCCAGAGGUUCCUCAACAGCAUGUAUUAUAGCACUUACUGACCAGGGGCUACAUGCAAUUAACUUGGGAGAUAGUGGGUUUAUGGUGGUUCGAGAUGGAUGCACCAUCUUUCGAUCCCCUGCACAGCUGCAUGGCUUUAAUUUCACAUACCAACUUGAGAGUGGGUUUAAUGGUGAUUUACCUAGCUCUGGUCAGGUCUUUACAGUUCCUGUUGCUCCUGGAGAUGUUAUAAUUGCUGGAACAGAUGGAUUGUUUGACAACUUGUACAACAAUGAGAUUACUGCAGUGGUAGUUCAUGCUGUGAGAGCUGGCUUAGGACCUCAAGUAACUGCUCAAAAGAUAGCCGCAUUGGCACGACAACGAGCACAGGAUAAAGACCGACAGACACCCUUUUCUACUGCUGCACAGGAUGCUGGAUUCCGAUAUUAUGGUGGCAAGCUUGACGACAUCACUGUUGUUGUGUCAUUUGUGACUAGUGCCAAUGAAGAAGACAAGUCCUCUUCUUAAGCACGUGGUCCUGUUCUGGAAGAGUUUGUGAGCCGGAUUACUUCAUUUAUUAUUGCAUAGAUCCAAUUUUGUUAUUAGGGACCAAAUUAUUAUGUUAAUGGCGUGGCUGGCUCUCUGCCGGUGUAGGAGUUCCCUCGUUGUCAUGGAGCCAUCUCUGCUUUUAAUGUUCUUCCCUCUUUUGUCCGCUAAAGGAGUUAUGGUUACUAGCACAAGAUGCUCUUCACUUUCAAACGACAAUCAUUGUAAAUAGUUAGUUAUUUAAGUAGUAUAUUGUAUAUUGUAGUUCCUUCCUCUCUUUUUUUUCUUGCUGGGUGGGGGGGGGAGGUGGUUGGGGAGGAAGUGCCUUCCUGUUGUUUAAU